AAUUUGCUAUUGUUACAUAUUUAUUAAUAUGUUAUACUUGUCAAUCAAAACCAUAAACAAAAUCUCUAGUGUGGUAUACCUAUACUAUAGGUAUGGAAAAGAUGAUCCACGUUGUUCACAAGAAAAGCCCUGAAAGAAAUGCAGGUCGCAUUGUUCAACUUUCAUCUUUUCUCAUAUCGUUUUCGAUAUUAAUUUAUUAUUUGUCAACACGGUUACACAUAACCAAUUAAAAGUAUAAACGAAAUCCCUAGCGAGAAACCCCUCUUGCCCCUGUGCUGUCACGUGGUUUAACUCGCGACAACGCGGGUAAUUUUCCAUAAAGGAAAAGUUACUAUUGAGAUCGCUAGUUACUACCUACUUACUAUUUAAAUAACUCUGUACAUAAGUACUGAGGUAUAUGUUAUUAAGUAAUUGUUUUUGUUUAUUCUGUUUCUUAUUGUGUUUCAUGAAAUAAAUUGUAUAAUAGAAUAUACGAAACUAUUAUAACAUUUUCGUUGCUUAAAAAUUGGUAAGAUGAUAAAAUAUUAAAUUAAUAAUACCGCACUACUUCAAAACAAAAAAAGGUCAGACUGUUAUGAAAAUGAUGAUAUGUAUUGUGUUAUUAAUGAUCGUGUGAUUAAUAAAUGUUCAGAACUAGUAGUUGUUAAAAGUUUGUAUAAAAUAUAAUGCACAGUGUUUAGUUGUAUCAAUUUAGCAGAAGAUUCUGUAUAACCUUCCUUCGCAAAGGUUAGAAGUGUUAAAAACUUGUGUGUGUCUAUACGUUAUAUAUUAAAAAUGAAAUAUAUCACAAUUACUGAUAUUGUUAUGUAGUUGUAUUUAAAAUAAAGAUUUCAUUAAUGUACUCUUUGCAAUUUGUGAGUAUCUUGCAUUAGACGAAGAAAAGUUAACGCAUAAAAAGGAAUAUAAUCUCCUAAAAUAAUGGCCCUUGCAAAUAUAUCUGGUAUCCCUGACAAACAUUGGCAACCACCAUUUGUAACACUUGAAACAACUAUGGGACAAAUAGUUGUUGAGCUUUAUUGGAAACACGUGCCAAAUACAUGCAGAAAUUUUGCUGAACUUACGCGGCGUGGAUAUUACAAUGGAACCAAGUUCCACAGAGUGAUUCGUGGUUUCAUGAUACAAGGUGGAGAUCCAACAGGAACUGGAAAAGGUGGUGUGUCUAUUUAUGGGGAAUACUUUGAUGAUGAAAUACAUGAUGAUUUAAAACACACAGGUGCUGGAAUUGUAUCAAUGGCCAAUUUUGGUCCCGACAAAAAUGGAUCACAAUUUUUUAUCACAUUAGCACCUACACAAUGGUUAGAUGGAAGACAUACAAUUUUUGGUAGAAUCCAUUCUGGUAUGGCAAUAGUAAAGAGAAUUGGUUUCGUCGAAACAGAUAAGAAUGACCGACCGGUUGAUGAUAUAAAGAUUUUCAAAGGAUUUGUACGGAAUGCAUAAUAAAGUUGAAAUACUUUAUUUAUAUUUAUUACUUUUGUAAAUCACCCUUGUGUAAUAAAAGGAGUUAUCAAUAAGCCAUACUUUUGACUAAUUUUUUAUAUUACGAGAAGUAUCAGUAUAUAUCGUAUUCGGAUAUAAAAAAUAUAAUAAGCUAUAACCUUUAGUAAUGAUUACAAAAAUUUUACUUUAUUUCAAGGUUGUAAAAUUUGAAAUAAAUUUUCUUACAAUACCGCGUUUGUUUCAAAUGCUCUACAAAAACCAAGUUCUGCAUAAAUAUCUGCAGUUUGGGUGUAGCUGAAGUUCCGACAAAUUGUGUCCCAAUUA